AUGCCAGACUCACUGGUACCAACUCAUGUCCAAGUGGUUUCUGUUGUAUUAGAGAAGGUGGUAGCGGUUUAACCUCUGUUUGUCAAAUGAUAAUAAUCCUUUAUUAAGAGGAAGAGUGAGAGAAUGAGAGGGAGAAUGAGAGAAAAGAAAGGGAUAAGAAAUUGGGCUUAGAGAAUGAUUUCCUUCACAGCUGCUUUGGGGAAUAGGAGGACAGGAUUUGAGGUGCGGUCUGGAACUGGGCGGGAGGUUCAGGGGUAGAUGGACUGACAUCUGAGGAAUGCUGUACAUUGCUUGAAAAGCAUAUUUUCCACAGCCGGUUGCGACUUCUUGAUUUGGUCAGCCGAUCAACACAAAGGUUCGUUUCCUGUGGCAAACCAAUCCCACCCCGUCCCACCCCGUCCCACCAUACUCGUAAAUAUCUCCCUACAGUUGAGUAACAAUACUUCAUCAACGCAGUUCUGCUUCACCCAGUACGUUUCUCAGUCCUGGUGUUGUGAGUGACGGUUGAGCGGUUAUCCAUCGAACAGGAUGGCAACGAACACGGUGUCUGACAUCAGUCCAGCAGGGGGCGGAGGAGAGCCACAAAUCACCACAGUGGGAUCCAGUAAACCACUGCACCGUUUCAUCAGAGCAGAGCCCAAAUGUGCCGGGAUUGCAAUGGUAUUCAUGGGCUCAUCGCUCUUCAUCUUCGGGAUCCCAAUGAGGAACGAUAAUACACAGUCAACCUCUGCAGAAGAUUUUACCCCUUUCUGGCUUGGAAUCCUGUUUAUCAUCUCUGGUAUGUUAUAUGUGCUCACAGAGAAGAGUCCUUCAAAACCAAUGGUGACAGCAAGCCUGGCCCUUAGUAUCAUCUCCAUAUUGGGGGUAGUAGUUGCUUUCUUUGAAUUUCUUAAAGGCAUUAUGCACAGUCGUUAUGGUCUUUACCGCUAUGAGCACUUUGAGGACUAUGCUGCCAACGUGACAGAAAUACCCUGGAAUAAAUAUCAUAUGAACCAGCUGAUCUGCAUGGAAGCCAUAUUCAUGUGUCAGAGCUUUGUGGGCAUGACUCUUCUCAUAGUGAUGACAGUAUUUGCCAGGGCUGCCCUGCGAUCCAGUAAGACACAGGCAAUUGUGGUAAUGCACAACCUACCAUCCACAGACUAAAUGAAUAAACAAUGGACGGUCUCCGCAAUGAAUUAACAGAACACCUGGACAUAGAUCUAAAAUAAAUGUAUUCACAAAUCUGUAGAAAAUUACAUUCAAUCUGCUUUACAAUACCUGUAACUGUAACAUAACAAAGGUUUCAAUUAUAUAAUAGUGUAUCUUUAUAAGAAAAUCCAUGUAUCGAAGUAUUUUUUUUAACAUUUACUACACUUUCAAAAUAAAUAUGUAAUACAAAAGAAUAAACAUAAUUGUAUGUCCCUCACCGCA